AAUAUCAGGAAAGAUAGGAAAUGCCGUAUGAAAAUAGCCGGCCAAAAGUUCUUUGUAAACUGCAGCCAGGGAGACUCAGACUAGAAUGGAGGUAGAAAGGGUUGGUACAGAGUGGGUUUAAUUCUGAGCCCUUUCUGGCCGAAUUUUUGUUGUUGUUUUGUUGUUAACUUACUGAAUAGAGACAUGUAGUACAUUGGUCAAGUGAAGACCACGGCAGCACCAGCGUCAAAAUAGUGCCAGACAGUUCUGAAUGCUAUAGUGUAUAUGUACUCUAUUUUUAUUAAAGAAGAUAAAGAGCCCAGCAUAGAUUUUUAUCCUCAUCUUCACCCAACUGCAAAAUCAAAGUUAAGCAACAGCAUCUAAGAGCACUUUUCAGGUGGGAAAGAAUCUAGAGGAUGGCUCUAAGUGAUUGUCUGCUUUUGAACUUGGAAGUGGACCACUUCUUGCACUGCAACAUCUCCAGUCACAGUGCAGAUGUCCCCAUGAACGACGACUGGUUCCACCCGGGGAUCCUGUAUGUCAUCCCUGCAAUCUAUGGGGUCAUCAUUCUGAUAGGCCUCAUCGGCAACAUCACGCUGAUCAAGAUCUUCUGUACUGUGAAGGCCAUGCGAAAUGUGCCGAACCUGUUCAUCUCCAGUCUGGCGUUGGGAGAUCUGCUCCUCUUGGUAACAUGUGCUCCCGUGGAUGCCAGCAGGUACCUGGCCGACAGAUGGCUGUUUGGCAGGAUUGGCUGCAAGCUGAUCCCCUUUAUACAGCUCACCUCGGUGGGGGUGUCUGUCUUCACACUCACGGCUCUCUCAGCGGACAGGUACAAAGCCAUCGUCCGGCCGAUGGAUAUCCAGGCCUCUCAUGCUCUGAUGAAGAUCUGCCUCAAAGCUGCAUUGAUCUGGGUUAUCUCCAUGCUUCUGGCAAUCCCGGAGGCUGUGUUUUCUGAUCUACAUCCCUUUCAUGAGGAAAGCACCAACCAGACCUUCAUUAGCUGUGCUCCGUACCCACAUUCUAAUGAGCUGCACCCCAAAAUUCACUCCAUGGCUUCCUUCCUGGUCUUCUACAUCAUCCCACUGUCGAUUAUCUCUGUCUACUACUACUUCAUUGCUAAAAAUCUGAUCCAGAGCGCUUACAAUCUGCCUGUGGAAGGGAAUAUACAUGUCAAGAAGCAGAUCGAAUCCCGGAAGCGCCUCGCCAAGACAGUGCUGGUGUUUGUGGGCCUCUUUGCCUUCUGCUGGCUCCCCAACCACAUCAUCUACCUGUACCGCUCCUACCACUACUCAGAGGUGGACACCUCCAUGCUCCACUUCAUCACCAGCAUCUGUGCCCGCCUCCUGGCCUUCACCAACUCCUGUGUGAACCCUUUUGCCCUCUACCUGCUGAGCAAGAGUUUCAGGAAACAAUUCAACACCCAGCUCCUCUGUUGCCGCCCUGGCCUGUUGACCCGCUCUCACAGCACCGGCAGAAGUACCACCUGCAUGACCUCCUUCAAGAGUACCAACCCCUCUGUGGCCACCUUCAGCCUCAUCAACGGAAACAUCUGUCAUGAAGGGUAUGUUUAGGCUGAUCCUUGACCCUGUCCUCCUAGGGGCCCCUAGUUGUGCUUUAUGGCUAGGAAAGAACCCUCACACCUGUUGUUGUCUCUGUACCCUCCAAAGACCCUUUGGAAGGCUCAUGACUGGUAUAGGCAGGUUGCAGAGAGGCCCAGAUGGAUUGCUUUUACGUUUGAAAGGCCCGUCAAGAUUUGUAUUUUCCAUUUCAACUUGUGAAUGCUUCUUCUGAUGUAGAGCAAACUUUCCGUAUUUUAGAAAAGGGAACAAAUAAGAAAGUAUUAUUUUAAGCAUCAAGCCCUGAUACACAGUUAUGGCCAAUUAAGUCACAGAAACUACAUGAACAAAUAGAUUUAUACAGCAGAAAAAUUACACGUUAAAUGUCCACUUUGUGAAAGACUUCACCUUGUCAUUUCUUUAAGCAGAAACUAGUGCUUUAAAAAUAUGGUUUGAGUGAUUUUUCAGGAACGUUUAUGAUCACAAACCAAGGAACUGUUUUUUUACACUUGUAACCUGAAAGUCAACCCUAUGAAAAAUUCCCAUGUAUGAUGGACCAUCCCCAAAUUGAUAACACUGGAAGUCAGUUUAGGACAAAUCCCUGAGUGUUGAUUAUUUUUAAAAGAUGUUACUGGGGACACAGGAGAAACACUCGACACAUCAUUUUAAGGCAAAAACACAGCCAGACACAUAGACACGUAUACAAAGAUCCACGUGAGGCUGUGAAUUGGUAUCUCGUGCUCUGAAUUCUAACUCAAUGGAGAUUCUUUUUGCUGUUACCCCAUUUCAAUCAUCCAUGGUACACUCCUACCAUAGAAGAGAAAUCCUUUUGGGGGAAAACUGAUCUUGCUCGCAAUUCGUCAUUUAUAAGUGCAUAACGUAUAGUAUUUAUUUUUGGUAUACAGGUUUUCAGCCAAACAUAUUUACUUAGAUUUGGCUCUUUGCUCCAGUGAAGCAGUUAGUUCAUAUGAAAGAAAAAAAAAAAAAAAAGAUCACACCUGAGUGGAAAGAGAAACAUGUUU